AUGUUGAAAUUUGGCUAUUUCCGACUUCCAGGCAGCGAUCCGACCAUCACGCCGCCAACAACGACAACCGAGACGGCCUCAGCCACUGCAGCGCCCGCCCAUGACCCACAUCCAAACGCGGGUUUCGUGAUGGACAAGUACAAGCCCGGUGAACCAGGCAAUCCAUGGGUUCAAGGUGAACCAGGCAUUACAUGGGUUCAAGACGUUGGCGUCAACCUUGGCUCAUCCUUCGCCGGCACUGUCUUAGCCCUUUAUGUGUUGGCUUUUCUCGGCAAGCUGCGAGCUGAAAGCAUCAAACUCAAACUGAAGAACUGUUGGCGACGAAUCAGAAAGGCUUUCAAAGCCGCUGAGCAGCAGCCGACCGCCACUCCUACCAACCGAGAAGAAGCCCGCCUUUAG